UUGUCUCUGGUAGCAGCAUAAACCUGGGGUAGAAAAAGAAGAAAAAUAAACGACUGGUUGUUUGGAAACACACAACCGCAGAAUGUGGAAACUGGAACAGGGUUUUAUAUCUGUAUCGCUUAAGGGUCUUGUUCUGGUGUUUAUUCUGAAGUUUUAAUGUCACUGUGCUUAUUGUGGCUUCGUCACAUUCAACAGUAGACAAAAAGAGAGAUAAAAUCUUACUCUCUCAUCCUGACGGAAUACCUUAUAAUACAAAGUUGUUAGAAAAUUAUUAGAAAGCGUUUACUUUUGUUCAGAAUGAACGUGCCGAAGAGUGGUUAUCGAGUCUUCUCCGCCAACUCCACUGCGGCAUGCACCGAGCUGGCUAAGAAGAUUACGGAGCGUCUUGGCGUGGAGUUGGGCAAGUCUGUUGUUUACCAGGAGGCAAACAGAGAGACUAGAGUUGAUGUGAAAGAGUCUGUUCGAGGCCAAACCAUCUUUAUCAUCCAGACCAUUCCCAGAGAUGUUAACACGGCCAUCAUGGAGCUGCUGGUCAUGGCAUAUGCACUCAAGACCUCCUGCGCCAAAAACAUUAUCGGAGUUAUCCCUUAUUUUCCGUAUAGCAAACAGUGCAAGAUGAGGAAGAGGGGAUCCAUAGUGUGUAAACUGUUGGCAUCCAUGCUCGCCAAAGCAGGUUUAACACACAUCAUCACUAUGGACCUACAUCAGAAGGAGAUCCAGGGUUUCUUCAGUUUCCCGGUUGAUAACCUGCGUGCUUCUCCAUUCCUUCUACAGUACAUUCAAGAAGAGGUCCCUGAUUACAGAAAUGCCAUCAUUGUUGCAAAGUCUCCCUCUGCUGCAAAAAGGGCUCAGUCGUAUGCGGAGCGUCUGCGUCUGGGCCUGGCUGUAAUUCACGGGGAGGCUCAAUGUUCUGAAUCAGACAUGGCAGACGGACGACACUCUCCCCCUUGUGUGCGCAACACUACAGGCCACCCAGGCCUUGAGCUGCCAUGCAAGCAACAAGCUCCGUUCCCUGGCAUAGAGCUUCCAAUAAUGAUGGCCAAGGAGAAACCACCCAUCACAGUGGUGGGAGAUGUUGGAGGACGCAUCGCCAUCAUUAUCGAUGACAUCAUUGAUGACGUGGAAGACUUUGUGGCAUCAGCCGAGAUCCUGAAGGAGAGAGGAGCCUAUAAGAUCUACAUCAUGGCUACCCAUGGCCUGCUGUCAGCCGAUGCGCCACGCCUCAUCGAGGAGUCUGCCAUAGACGAGGUGGUGGUGACGAAUACCGUCCCACAUGAGGUGCAGAAGCUGCAGUGCCCGAAGAUCAAGACAGUGGACGUGAGCAUGAUCCUGGCCGAAGCCAUCCGCCGCAUCCACAACGGCGAGUCCAUGGCCUACCUGUUUCGCAACAUCACUGUAGAUGAUUAGGCUGAGUUGUGACCUCACUGUGGAAGGGACGUCUGUACAAAGCAUAGAGGAGGUACUUCCUCCUCUUCUGCAUGUGCUAGGAGUGCCAGGUUUUCUUUCAAAAGUAUUAUUUAAACCAAUAAUAUUAGCUUAUUUAAAUCUAUAAGAAAUAAACCGUUUGAGGCCAGGUUAAACACAAAGUUAAGUUACAUUUUAGGAACUGACAGUCACUGUUAAAAUAUGAAGGGAGUCUCUUUUAGCACUUCUGCACUACUAUAAGCGAUGCAGCUUUAAAAGGCUGCAGCAGCACCUAAUACAUAUGCAUAUGAGUCCUGAUGCUUUGCUGAAGUAGCCUGCCAGAUAAGUGGCAUUCGGUCAGAACUGAUUUGUAUACGCAAAUGUUAUAGUUUAUUUCAGAAAGCGCUUUAAUGAAAUAAAAAAUUAGUGCGUGAGCCAAUGUGACCUAAAACUCUAGAGCUAUAGAUAAGCAUUGUGAUGAUUUGUUUAUUAUAAGAGUGGAUAGCUCUUAAGUCCAUAAAUGUAAGCAAAAAAAAACAAAAAACGUGCAUGUCUUUGCAUCCAAGCCAUGUGGUUUCUGUCAUCUUACUGUUGUGUUCCGAUACUUUAGGUCUUGUGCACAUUUAUCAGGCUCUUUAUAGACUCUUAUUAGUUUAUAUCGACAUGAUCACAGUUUGUUUCUCUACACAUUCAGCACUCACUUUUCACAUUGUUCUUUGCAACGUCUCCCCCAUCACUUCCACUUCCUGUUCACAGCUCAUUCCUGUUGUGUGGCAUUUAGACAGGUGGUGAGUGAGUGUGACUCUGCGAGAGCAACAGUAGUUGCUUUGGCAACUGUAUUCAAAGUUAGUUCCUUGUUAUUCUUUUUCUAUCUGCUGGCCUUCCCCAGCUCAUCUGGGCCACAUUCCAACUAUUCAAAACGGAUGAUUUUGUUUUGUGAAAUUCUGUCACUGAAGUUGAUUUAUAAUCAUAUUUUUGUAAAUAAAGAAAACGGCUGAAUUUUUCAGAGCUUCACUGUGUCUUUAUUGAAGUACAUAUGAAUCAGAAACCUUUAACCAUGAGCACUUUCUUUGAAAUAUAUCAUCUGUACUCAUCACCAUUAUCAUCACCAUAUACCAGUUCAAUAUAAUCACAGUCCUCCUGAACAGAUCCCAUUCCUCACAUUCCAGUACAGCUUUGUUCAUAUAGUGAAUUUUUUUUUUUUACAUUUUAUAGUGGUCAUCUCCGUUUAGAGUUUGAACUAAUUAAAACACUCUCCGACUGGUCACUAACAGGAGCUCGCUCUAUAUGAUUUAGUCACAGACCCUUUACUUGCUCAGAACUCCUCAGGUUAACUCUGAGGGGACACUGAGGAGCUUAGACCAAGUCAAGGGGCAAAGACAUCGACUCGUAUAAGUUUUGCAGGGUACUUGCUACCUUACAACAAUUCCAAAUACAGCAGCAAUAAUGUCUUUUUUACUCUUCUUUCCUCAACACAUAGUUCAACUCAGCAUGUAAUUAUAAAAGUCUUAUAUAAUAGGUUAAGAAGUGGUCAAGCUUCACAACAUUUAAACCUGUUUAAAGAAUUAAGAGCUUUGAGAAAACGCAACCGUUUUUGUCUAUGUUUAAGACUCACCUGCGUGUGGUAGGCUCAAGCAGUCUGGGUGUCAAAUGCAAACUGACCCAGGUGAACCAGAUAGGCAGCUGUGUGUUUUAACCAGACUUUUAAGAGGAAGUACAGUGCUGACAUUAAUAUUACUUCCCGUUUCAGCUCAGGGGAACAAUACACCUUGUCUCAGAAAGGGGAAAUGUGUUGUGUGUAACUGUGUGUCGGUGUAACUGUCUGUGCUGUAUGAAGUAGGUGUAGUGUGGACAGGCAUCUCGGUCAGUCUGUGUGUAUGUCUGGAUCUGACUGCUUAGUCUAGGGCAUGAUAUAGCGCUGUUACAGAUCGCAUGAAAGCAGCGGUAUAUUCUAUAUCUUUACUUGUUGCUACAGAAACUGGUAUGUGAAUAACAAUGAAAGAGACAUGCUAAAUCUGUCAUCCUGACCUGUUUGUGGGUCUGAAUGCAUUUAACAUGAUUAAACUUUGUAGUGUUUGGUAGGUUUGUCUGGAUAAGAAUAUCCCUUACAGAGAAUGGGAAACCUGACAUUCUUUAUUUUUUAUUUUUCUCUCUAAAGACCAUUCUUCAGUAUAAGAAGCAAUAGGAACCAACCAACAUCCCAAUACGAAUAGGAGAAGAGAAAGUUGGCAUUUGGUUAACAAACCAUGCCCUUCCCUGUCAUUUUAUUUCUGCUUUGACUAAACAAUCAGGGCCUUCUGCCAAGCACAAGCAGAGGAGAUGCAAGCUGGAUGAAUGUCCACUAGAUGGUAGUAGACUGCCUUUUCUAAAGCUUUCACUAUUCAAGAACUGUGAAGAUUGCUGGCCAUCACUUAUGAGCAGCAUUUCCUUCCCCUUUCUGUUCUUCCCUUGGUAUUAGAUAUGAACAAUAUCGUAAUAAAAUUUAUUCAUUCA